AUGUUAGAGUUGCCUCGUAUAACAAGAGCUCUAAGGGCUCACACGCAGUUAGACAAGCCCCGAUGCCUAAAACCCUUAAAAACCGCAAUCCCAAACUUGAUAAAACCUAUCAAUAUACAAAGGUUCAAAUCGUAUACAGAUAUUUACAACUGUAUCAAACACAAUGAACCUGAUACAGAAGAAAAGCUUAAAACCCUUUCACUUCUCAAAGAAGCUUGUAAACAGCUCACGGGUGAUGUUUCCGAUGAGCUCAUUGAAGAUGCAGCAGUCAUGGUGCUUAGAAUGUUCCUGGAACAAGAUAUUGUAAUGCUGAAACAUUUGAAUCAGCUACGGCAAACAUUCGGCAAUGUGUCAUCAACAGUGGUUAAUAAAAUCUGUCAGAUUGUAACUAAUCUAUCUGCUGACCUAUCAGAAGAAUCGAAAGAGUUUAUAAAAGAAGAAUCAAAGCAAGAAACGAAAGAAAAUACAAAGUUAUGGGGUGAAAAUAUUCAAUGCAAUUAUAUUCCUUUUCAAAGAACGAAAAAGCCACUAGCAAAACUUACUAGCAAGUCUGCUACUGAAAGUACCUUUGUAUCAGAUUUUUCCAUGAAAUAUACAACUACAAAAAAAGAAAACAAUAUCCCUGCAAAACCACCUACUCAAAUAGGAUCUAAGUAUAACAAAACCUGGCUAGAGACAAAAGUUAAAGAGCAGUAUGUCAACAGCACCAUUUCCAGUGCUGAUAUCCUACAGUCAAUCAUUACCCUCCUAAACUCCCCUCGUAGCAAUGAUGAAAUGCAAAAUGAUAUGUUUGAACUGCUUGGGUUUGAUAAAUUUGAAUUUAUUCAAGAGAUUCUUGAACAUAGACAGGAUAUAACAGAAAGUUUGAAAGCACCAGUGCAACCAACAAUUUCUGAAAUUGCAGCAAUGUUACCAGAAAACAAAAUGCCGCAAUACCUUUGCCAAGUGUCAGUUCUUUCUGAACAAGAGAAAAUAUUAGCGAAAAUAGUCAGGAAAGAGGAAAAAAAAGCGAAGCAAUCUAAGAAGAACGAAGGCGAUGAAGUAGAUCAAGAAAUUAACAUCGCACAAAUGAGAGCUAAAAGGAUAGCGGAACUUUCAAAACCUGUAGUACCAUUUUCUACAUCAAAAUCGUCAAGCAAUGUGGAUCCCAUAUUGCAGAAGAUCUCAUAUUUUCAAACUAAAGUACAGUAUCCUAAUGUAUAUGAUUCCUCAAUUAAUGCAAAAAAUUCUGCUGGUUUCGUGUCCGGACUAAAACUAAUAUUGCCAGAAAGCGCUGUAAGAAAGGAUAAUAAAGAAUAUGAAGAAGUAAUUAUACCCAAAAAUGAUCCAACGCCGCUUGAAAUUGGCAACAAAAGAGUGCCAAUAUCGGACAUGGAUGAGAUCGGUCAAAUGGCCUUUGAAAAUAUCAAAGAGUUAAAUCGAAUACAAUCAGUUGUUUACCAAACAGCUUACAACACAAAUGAAAACCUUCUGAUAUGUGCUCCCACCGGAGCUGGUAAGACGAACAUCGCCUUGCUUACAGUAGUUCACCAAAUAAAACAACACAUUGAGAAUAAUGUUAUUAUGAAAAAUAAAUUUAAGAUAAUUUACAUAGCUCCAAUGAAAGCUCUAGCCUCUGAAAUGACCGCAAGCUUCGGCAAAAGACUGCGUGGCCUCGGUAUAUCUGUACGAGAAUUGACCGGGGACAUGAAAUUGACCAAAACCGAAGUACAACAGACACAGAUGAUAGUCACCACCCCGGAGAAGUGGGAUGUGGUCACUAGAAAGGGGGCGACCGAUACUGAACUAGCGUCGAUAGUGAAACUGAUCAUCAUUGACGAAGUUCACCUUCUCCACGGUGACAGAGGGCCAAUAGUGGAAGCGAUUGUAGCGAGGACGUUGCGGCAAGUUGAGUCCACACAGAACAUGAUAAGAAUAGUUGGGUUGUCAGCUACAUUGCCCAACUACCUUGAUGUUGCUAGAUUCUUAAGAGUGAACCCAAAUAUCGGUCUAUUUUUCUUCGACUCAAGAUUCCGUCCUGUUCCGCUGGAACAACAGUUCAUAGGCGUUAAAGAUGUCGGCGGUGGUGGAGGUUCACAUCUUAGACAGAUGCAAACCAUGAACGAAAUAUGUUACGACAAAGCCGUAGAUAUGGUACAAAAAGGCCACCAAGUGAUGGUGUUUGUUCAUGCCCGCAACGCUACGCAUCAAACUGCUAUGAUAUUAAAAGAGUUAGCUCAGAAGAAAGGUCAUCUCAAACAUUUCGAACCAGAAGACUCGGGCGGGUUCUUGAAGGCUAAAAAAGCCAUAGGCAGCAGUCCCAAUAAGCAAUUAGCCGAGUUAUUUGCAGCCGGCUUCGCUUGCCAUCAUGCUGGAAUGUUGAGAAGUGAUAGGAAUAUGGUUGAGAAGUAUUUUGCUGAAGGAUACACAAAAGUGCUAGUUUGCACAUCGACCUUAGCCUGGGGUGUUAACUUGCCAGCCCAUGCUGUUGUCAUUAGGGGUACAGAAAUCUACGACCAAAGUCACGGCACAUUCGUCGAUUUGAGUAUACUGGACGUUUUGCAAAUCUUCGGUCGCGCCGGUCGACCACAAUUCGAUAGCAGCGGUACUGGAAUUAUAAUAACUACGCACGACAAACUAACGCAUUACCUAAAGAGUAUGACGAACCAAUUCCCGAUAGAGAGCAACUUCAUCAAUUUGUUGGCGGAUAAUCUGAACGCUGAGGUUGCUCUCGGGACAGUAACAAACAUUGACGAAGCAGUGGAAUGGCUCAGUUACACAUAUCUCUUCGUUAGGAUGAGGAUCAACCCGCAGGUAUACGGACUGACCUACACCGAUGUACAAGAAGAGCCGAUGCUUGAAACGAAACGCCGCGAACUGAUCACAGCGGCGGCGAUGCAGCUAGACAAAACGCACAUGAUACGGUACAACGAGCGGACCGGGGACUUGAAUAUAACCGAUCUCGGUCGUACUGCCAGCCACUACUAUAUAACAUGCGGAACUAUGGAGGUGUUCAACUCUAUGGUCAAAAAGUCCAUGACCCAAGGCUACGUACUGGAGAUGCUCACCAGAUGUUCAGACUUUCAGCAGCUCAAGGUUAGAAAAGAAGAAUUAACAGAACUAUGGAGCCUCAAAGAUCAAUACGCCGAACUCCGUAUCGAGGACCCGCCAGAAGAUAUCCACUGGAAGAUCAACAUUCUACUGCAGACAUAUUUGUCUCGCGGGAGAGUCAACGGCUCUUCAUUGCAGUCCGAUUUGAAUUAUAUCAGUCAGAACGCCGUCCGAAUAAUCCGUGCCCUAUUCGAGAUAACGCUACGAAAAAACAACGCCUACAUGGCCGCGUUAUAUUUGAAAAUGGCCAAAAUGUUGGAAUUACAACAGUGGGACUUCUACAGUGACAUGAGGCAGUUCAAUUGCUUCCCGAACGAAGUUCUGAAGCAUAUUGAAUACCCGAUGCUCAAACCUGACCAGAUAAGGGAUAUGGAUUGGAAAGAAGUGGGAGAUCUAAUUAGAAAUCCUAAAACUGCGAGACAUCUGAAGAAAUGCGCUGAUGAAUUCCCCUUACUCGAUAUGGAAGCUAGUCUGCAUCCCAUCACGAGAACAGUGCUGCGAAUAAGGCUCACCAUUGUGCCUAACUUCAAAUGGAACGAGAAGUACCAUGGCAAAGCUCCCGAAGCUUUCUGGAUAUGGGUGGAGGAUCCCGACACUGACAUAAUGUACUAUCAUGAGUACUUCCUUAUAACCAAGAAACAGGUGAUGACUCGAGAGCCUCAAGAACUUAUAAUAACAAUACCAAUUUCUGAACCUCUACCUCCCCAGUACUACAUUAGAGCAACGUCAGAAAGAUGGCUAGGUGCUGAAAGUGUGUUGCCACUUACAUUCCAGCAUCUGAUAUUGCCAGAAACUCAUCCACCGCACACUGACCUGCUCGAACUACAACCUUUACCAGUGACAGCUCUUAACAAUCCUUCAUACGAGCUACUAUACAACUUCACACACUUCAACCCGAUACAGACUCAAAUAUUCCAUUGUUUAUAUCACACUGACCACAAUGUGUUACUGGGCGCACCGACUGGUUCUGGCAAGACCAUUGUGGCUGAAGUUGCCAUGUUCAGAGUGUUUAAUCAGUAUCCGAAUUGUAAGGUUGUGUACAUAGCACCAUUAAAAGCUCUAGUCAAGGAACGCAUAAAAGAUUGGAAAGUGAGAUUACAAGAGAAGUUAGGGAAGAAGGUUGUGGAAUUAACAGGUGACGUAUCACCCGACAUUCGCUCUAUAAAGAGCUCCCACGUGAUAGUAACCACUCCAGAGAAAUGGGACGGCAUCAGUCGCUCCUGGCAGACCAGAAACUACGUACGAGACGUAGCCUUGAUAGUUAUAGACGAAAUACACUUGCUAGGGGAGGACAGAGGGCCUGUGUUGGAAGUUAUCGUAUCCAGAACGAACUUCAUCGAAUCUCACACGUCGCGACGGUUGCGUAUCAUCGGACUGUCGACAGCGCUGGCGAAUGCUAAGGAUCUCGCCAACUGGCUGAAUAUCGGGGAAAUGGGUCUUUACAACUUUAGGCCUUCAGUACGACCCGUGCCUUUAGAGGUCCAUAUAUCAGGCCAUCCUGGUCGUCACUACUGCCCCCGUAUGAUGACUAUGAACAAACCGACCUUCCAAGCCAUAAGGACGCAUUCACCGUGCGCUCCUACCCUAGUAUUUGUGUCCAGUAGACGACAGACCAGGCUAACAGCAUUAGAUCUUAUCGCAUAUUUAGCAGCCGAGGACAAUCCCAAGCAAUGGCUUCACAUGCAGGAAUCGGAAAUGGAACAAAUCUUAGCCAACAUUAAGGAGUCCAAUUUGAAGUUGACGCUGGCCUUUGGAAUCGGCAUACACCACGCUGGUCUACACGAAAGGGAUAGAAACACUGUCGAGGAGCUAUUUAUUAACCAGAAAAUACAGGUCUUAAUUUGUACGGCGACAUUGGCAUGGGGCGUGAACUUCCCCGCCCAUUUGGUGGUGAUAAAAGGCACGGAAUACUAUGAUGGCAAGCAGAAGCGAUACGUUGAUAUGCCUAUCACCGAUGUACUACAGAUGAUGGGCAGAGCUGGAAGGCCACAGUACGACAACGAGGGUGUUGCAGUUGUGCUAGUCCACGAUCAGAAGAAGAACUUCUACAAGAAGUUUUUGUACGAACCGUUCCCGGUGGAGUCGAGCUUGCUGGAUGUGUUAGCCGACCAUUUGAACGCCGAGAUUGUUGCUGGCACCGUACAAACAAAGCAAGACAUUCUGGACUACAUGACCUGGACUUACUUCUUCCGGCGGUUGCUCAAGAACCCCUCGUACUACAAUCUGGAGAGCUUGGAACCGCAAGACGUCAAUUACUACCUGAGCAAUCUAGUUCAGACUUCGCUUGACCAACUCUCCGACGCGAACUGCGUUGAAAUAGAGGAGGACCAGCGCACAGUCCAUUCUACGUGGAUGGGUCGCAUCGCUUCAUACUACUACUUAUCACACAAAACGAUGGCACACUUCUCUAGAGAACUUCGCGGGGAUUUGAACGCUGACCAAUUGCUCAGAGUAUUAUCAGACGCGAAUGAAUACGCCACUCUACCAGUGCGGCAUAACGAAGACUUGCUCAACGGGGAAUUGUCUCAAAGUUGCCGUUUACAAGUGGACGCGCUAUCUUUAGAUUCGUCUAAUGUCAAAGCGUUCCUUCUCCUCCAAGCGCAUAUGACGCGACUGCCGCUACCCAACACUGACUACCUCACGGACACUAAGUCCGUACUCGACCAGACUAUAAGAAUACUACAGGCUAUGAUCGACACGUCGGCGGAGAACGGCUGGCUUUCCGUCUGUCUGUCAUGCCAAAUGCUAAUGCAAAGCAUCGUCCAAGCCCGUUGGCCCACAGAAUCUCCCCUAACAACCUUACCACACGUGGACCCCCAACACCUAUAUAUGUUCUCACACAUGGCCAGAGAUAGUAAGAAACCGUGCAAUAUGUUGAAUGGCUUGAAAGUGGCAUGUAUGAAAAACUACGAGCUGCUAGCCAAGUAUUUGAGAAGAGAGUUUGAGGAGAACCAGAUUGAGCAGAUACAUAGGGCUAUUUCUGACCUUCCUACACUAGACAUAAAGUUGAUCGUCCGAGGAUUGUGGUUCGACUGCGAGCAGGAGCAAGAGAAACGUAUUCCGCAACCGUCUUCAAGAGACCACUGGCUCCCUCUACAUGCUGAUCAGGAAUACACCCUAAUAUUGGAAAUCCAGCGUCGCGGUGGCAACCCCAACAACGUAUUAUGUCCAAGGUUCCCUCGCGGCAAGAACGAAGGGUGGUUUGUGACCUUAGGUACUGUGGAGUACGGAGAACUACACGCCUUGAAGAGAGUAUCGCCUAAAGGGACAUCGCAAGUCACUUUCUAUACGCCUUCGCAACGAGGUCGCAUAAUAUACACUGUUUAUAUCUUGAGUGACAGCUACAUGGGCUUGGACCAACAAUAUGAUCUACAAUUUGAAAUAUUUGAUCCACUCCCACAGGAGAAAGUAGAAAGAAUAUAUGACACUACUGAUAAGAUCCUAAUAGAAUAA